UUCAGAUUCAGAGGAAGAAAAGAGUCUUUCUUCAGGGCGGGGUGCAGAUCCGACACCAUACCAACACUCUCAGCCAACUGUCUCAGCCUAAAUAUGACUGUGUCGUACUCACUAGAAGUAGCCAACGCCAGGUUUCAUGGCUUCUCCAGGCUGCUGUUCAGGUGGAAGGGAAGCAUCUACAAGCUGAUGUAUAAGGAGUUCCUGGUUUUCUGUGCUGUCUAUCUGUUUUUCAGUGUAUUUUACAGGCUCCUCCUCACGCCGAGGCAGCAGGAUCUGUUCGAGCGCGUCGCCCUUUACUGUGACCAGUUCACCAACACGAGCUUCAUCCCCGUUCUGUUUGUCCUGGGUUUCUACGUGAACCAGGCCUUCACCCGUUGGUGGGGUCAGUACACCAGCUUCCCGCUGCCGGACAACCUGAUGAUGGUGGUGUCGGGAAACGUGCACGGCGUCGACGACCGGGGUCGCCUGCUGCGUCGGACCCUCAUGAGGUACGCCAACCUGUCGUCGGUCCUGAUCCUCCGCUCCAUCAGCACCAGAGUCCGCAAACGCUUCCCAACGUUGGAGCACGUCGUGGAGGCAGGAUUCAUGACGACACACGAGCUGAAGAAUUUUGAGUCUCUUCACUCUGAUUUCAACAAGUACUGGAUGCCGCUGACGUGGUUCUCCAACCUGGCGGCCCAGGCCCGGCAGGAGGGCCGGGUCAGGGACGACAUCGCUCUCAGGCUGCUGAUGGACGAGCUGAAUAAUUACCGAGCCAAAUGCAGUUUGUUGUUCCACUACGACUGGAUCAGCAUCCCUCUGGUCUACACUCAGGUGGUAACCAUUGCAAUUUACUCCUUUUUCGCCUUCUGCGUCAUUGGCCGACAAUUUCUGAAUCCCGAGAAGGGUUACAGCGGUCACAGAUUUGACAUGUACGUUCCUGUUUUCACCCUGCUGCAGUUCUUCUUCUACACCGGCUGGCUGAAGGUAGGAGAGCUCAUCAUCAACCCUUUUGGUGAAGACGAUGAUGACUUUGAAACCAACCAGCUGAUCGACCGAAACAUUCAGGUUUCAAUGCUGGCUGUGGACGACAUGUACCAGAACCUGGCUCCGGUUGUGAAGGACAAACACUGGAAGAACGGCCUCUUCUCGGUCCCUUACACCCAGUCGACAGCAGCAGAGGCGUUCAGACCAGCGUUCAAAGGCUCCACUUUCGACAUGAGGAUGAGCGCUGAAGAUCUUGAGAUUCAUCAGCUGACCGAUGUGCCGGUGAACAAGCAGUAUUUACUUCCACGCAGCUCCCUGGGGGACGGACUGGACGGUCUCCAGCAGAAAACCAAAGGCAUCCUGCGCAGCGGGAGCCUCCCGCACCUGAUGGACGUUUUGACUCAUCACAAUGAGGAAGACGAGGCCGUUGAAACCAAAACAGAUGCAACCAAUAACAAGGCAGCGGUUUAAUCUGUGAUGGAAAAUUAAUGAAGUGAAAUACUGGUGACUGUUCAGCUGCCUUUACAUGUAAGACUAAAGAAAUCUGUCAAAUAAAACAUACAACACACAAAACAUGAAUGC